AUGAGUAAAUCAUUUCUUUCAAAAAAGAGUUGGCAUGUCUCUACUAUGAAAAAUCAAGAAAGGAUAUGGAAAGCUGAAAAAGAAAAAGAAGAUGAACAAAAGAAAAUAGAUCAAUUAAAAAAAGAAAUGAGAGAAGAAGAGCAAAUAAGGGACUUAAAAAAUCAAUUUAAUGAAGCUUCAGGCAAGUAUGUAAAACCAGAUAAUAAAAUGGAUUGGAUGUAUGAAGGUGCAUUUCAAUUAUCAAUGAAAAAAACAGAAACAGUUGAUGAUUAUUUAUUAGGUAAGAAAAUAGAUGAUUCAGCAGAAGAUAUUAUAAAGAAAGCGGCUCAAUUACCUGGUGCAUUAUUUCUUCAUUCAAAUAGUAAUGAUAACCCUCAAGAUAUUAAAAGCCUCGUUAGAGAAGACCCAUUAAUGAUAAUUGAAAGAAAGAAACAAGAAGCACUUGAUAAAAUUAUGAAUAAUCCCUUACAAAUGAAAAAACUUGAAAAAGAGAAAAAAGAAUCUGAUAAAAUUUUAAAGAAAUUAAAAAAAAAAGAAAAAAAUGAAAAAAAAGAGAAAAAAGAAAAGAAAGAAAAGAAAGAAAAGAAAGAAAAGAAAAAAGAUAAAAAUUACAGUAGUGACGAUGAUGAUGAUGAUGAUGAUGAUAAUAAUGAUAGUGAAAAUGAUAAAGAAAAAACUGAAAAGAAAAAAGAUAAAUAUAAAGAUAAAGAUAAAAAUAAUGAAAAAAUUCAAAACUCAAAUGGUCACACAGAAAAACCUAAAAAUUAUAAUGAUAAUGGUGGUCGUGUUGAUGAUGAAAGAAGAGAUGAUAGAUAUAGGGAUAGAGAUCAUUCCGAUAGAAGGGAUGACAGAAAUAGAGAUAGUGAAAAAGAAAAGGAAAGAGAAAGAAGAGAUGACAGAGAUAGAGAUAGAGAAAGAAAUAGGGAUAGUCAUUAUGAUAGAAGAGAUGAUAGAGAUAGGGAUAGAGAUAGGGAUAGAGACAGAAGAGAUGAAAGAGAAAGAAGAGAUGAUAGGGAUAGAGAAAGAAAUAGAGAUCAUCAUUAUGAUAGGGAUAGAGACAGAAGAGAUGAUAGAGAUAGAAGAGAUGAUAAAGAUAGAGAUACCUAUCAUCAUCAUCAUCAUCAUCAUCAAGAGAGAAGAGAUGAUAGAUACAGAGAUAGAGACCAUUCCGAUAGAUAUUAUGAUAGAAAUAGAAGAGAUGAAAAAGAUCAUCAUAUUGAUAAAAAAAGAGAAGACUCAAGAUACAGGGAUAGAGAUCAUAAUGAUUCUCCAAAUAAAAAAAGAGAUAGAAAUGAUUAUGAAAAUCGUCCAUCAAAUGGUGGUUUAAGUGAAGAAGAAAAAAGAAAAAGAAUUGAAGAAAUGAAACAAAGUGGUUUACAAAGAGAGGAAGAAAGAUUAAAAAAAUCAAAGAAUGAUGAAGAUGAAAAGGACUAUGUUCCAAAAUCUUUAGAAGAUAGAGGGAAAACAUUCUUAGAGUAUGUGUUUUAA